ACAGCAGAAAUUUUGGUAAAAGUUAAAUUACAUUCGUAACUCUAAUUUUUCGACUAUGGACGAAAUAUUAUUUCCGAGAGGAAAAGCAAAGCGUGAACCAUCGACUUUUAAGAAGAAGGGUGCCAAACGCCAAGCCGCAGUUGAUUCUCUGUUUUCAGAAGGAAGCAAGUCAUCUACGGGUGGGCAUUUUACAAAAGAAAAGAAAAAACCAAAAGAAAAAGAUGAAAUAAUCAAAAGUCAUGGUAUUAAAGAUGUGGAUGGAUUGUUACAAGGGAUGGAUGAAAUAAAUGUGGAUUUUUUGCAUUGCAAAAGAGUACAAGAGGGAACACUGCUGUUGGGGUGUAUUCGUGAGAUACAGGAACUGCAACUUGUUGUUGGUAUACCUCAUUGUAAUACUGGUCAAGUACAAGCUAAUCAUAUAUCUGAUAUAUAUACUUCGCAAAUACGAAAGCAUCUUGAGCAAGAUUCUGAGCAGCUUACGCCUUUAUCUGAUAUGUUUCAAGUUGGGGAUAUUGUUGUUUGUUCUGUAGUUAAUCCAACAGGGAUUACGACACUACAUCUCACUCUUCAACCAUCUGUUGUAAAUAAAUAUCUCUCCACAAUGAGUUUUUUUGUUGGACAGAUGAUUUCUGGUGCUGUAAAAUCAGAAGAAGACCAUGGUUAUACUAUUGAUAUUGGAAAAAAUGAUGUUAAUGCAUUUAUACCGACUGGGGAAAUUGGUGCUCGAAAAUUGAAACUUGGUGCUGUCAUUCGUUUUGUCAUUACAAGUAUUCGAGGAGAAGGAACUAUUGUACUUUUGUCUUUAGAUGAGAAAAAAAUUGAAAAAUCACUUUUAAAACUGGAUAAUGGAGUUUCGCUGGAUACGCUGCAACCUGGAAUGGUGGGAAUGUUCCAUCCAACAAAAAAACUAAAGCCUGGCGUAGUUGGAAAAUUCUUGGAUUUUAAUGCUUCAGUUUGUGCUCUUGAUUGUGAUAUGUCUAAAAUACGCUUAGAAAAGGAUGACUUUGAUAAAAAUUUUGGGAAGAAGAAAAAACGCAAAACGACUAAAGGAAAGGAUCAACCUGAAAAAGAGAGAAUUGACAAACGGAUCAAAGGCUGUAUUUUGUAUGUGAACCCUAUUACAAAACAUGUUUCAUUGAGUACCAAUCACUUUUUGUUCACCAAUGAUACAAGACUGAAGAUGAUAGAAACUAACAUGAAUCAUUUUCCUCGGGGACACAAAUGCUCAGCUAAGGUUACAAAGUGCAUCAAUGGAUUGGGAGCUAUGUUAAUGAUUGGAGAGUCAAAUGGAACUCGCGCUUUUUGCCCUAUGAAGUAUGUAAGUGAUGCGAAGAUAACUAAUUUUACAGAAGUAAUCAGAAAAGGUGAUUCUUUCCCAGCACUGGUUCUGCAUAGUUCAAGUCUGGAUGGUGCUGUUAUUUUGAGUUUGAAGAAAAGUAUGGUUGAACGUGAAUUUUUAACCUAUGACAGCAUUACUCCUGGGACAGUCAUGGAUUGUACUAUUUCAGGUAUUUUCGACAGUGGACUUGUUGUAACAUUAGGUACAGAUGCCUUUACUCCAGUAAAAGGCUUUGUGCCCAAAAUCCACAUGGCUGACAUUAUUUUAAACCAUCCUGAGAAAAAGUUUUCAAAAGGUGAUGUAAUAUCAUGCAAAGUUUUGUACGUCGAUAAAGCUGCUGGACGAAUACAUCUGACUCACAAGAGAACUCUUUUGAAAUCACGACUUCCUACUAUCGUUAGUUAUGAUCAGUUAGAGCCUGGUUGCAUUGCUCAUGGUUACAUUGCAUCUAUCAAACCAUAUGGGGUUUUUGUGAAUUUUUAUAACAAUGUACAUGGCAUUGUGCGCAACUCUGAAUUGUCUGCAGAAUUGGUGGAAGAUCCUGAAAAAAUAUUUUUUGUUGGACAGGUUAUGAAGUGCCGGCUUUUGAGUUGUGAUUUGGAAGCAGAACGUGCAUCAUUUUCAUUUAUUCUGAGACCUAAGCCAAAAGACAAAAAAGAAGAUCAUACAUCCGUAUCUAAUAUUAGCUUGGUGAAUCUAGAGGUGGUGAAUAAAAUUGAAGGUGGCUUCGAAGUUGUUGUAUGUGAUGAUGAUAAGCAAAGGGACUUGUGGACCAAAGGAUUUCUGCCCUUGAUGCAUUUGUCUGAUUUUCCAUCACUGGCACAUUCAUGGUAUGAAAUUAUCACUCCACAUACUGUUUUAGAGGAUUGUUUACCCAUUGGUAAAAAGAAACAGCCCAUCUUUACCAAGAAAAAUUCUUUUGUAGGUAAAUUCAAGAGCAUGAAAGAGAACGCUGAAGAUAAUGCAAAUCAAACGCUUACAUUUUCUGACCUGAAAGAAGAUUUGAUAACACCUGGUUUUGUACAUCAUAUCGCCGAGUAUGGAGUGUUUGUUCAAGUUUACGGUGGUCUUUUAGGCUUGUGUCCAAAAUCAAAGAUGGCUGAUCGCUACCUCCUUACAUCUGAUGGAUAUUACCAAGAAGGGCAGUCGGUGGUUGCUAAAAUAGUUGAAAUGGAUAUGGAAAAAAGAAGGUUUAUUGUCAGUUUGAAAGUUUCUGAUUGUCCACAAGAACAACUCACAGCGGAUUACUUGAAAGAGCUAACAGAUAUAAUGCGAAGCUGUUCUUCUUCAUGGCCAAAAUCAGUGGCAAUUGGUAAGCAAAUGAAGGUACAUUUGACUUCCAAACCAAGCGAAAAUGGUGUGGCAAUGUGUAGCAGUUCACUUUUCCCUGAAAAUUAUAAGUGUUGUGUGAUAGAUAUAGAUACCAAUGAAGAGUCAACAGAUGUGAAUGCAGCUCUACUUGAUGUAAACCCUGUAUCAAAAUGUAUAACAUUGUCAGCUAAUAGCAAAUUACUUGGAAGUACAGUGAAGCAUAAUAAUGGUACUGUCUUGAAGGCAACAGUGGCAUACAUGAAUGAAGAUGUGUCGACUGUUUUCGAUCUGGAGAACGCCUAUGCUGGUUUACUUUUAAAUAGAACCCAUCCCAAUCAUCCCAUAUUCGAGAACUUGUGGCCUUGGAAGCAACAUGACAGCAUUACUGUUACAGUAUGUAAACCAAUAAAUCAAGCGAAUGUCGUUUCUGCUACUCAAACUUCCCACAACAAAAAGCAUUUUACUCAUGGUGUAAAACGCCAAAGAGAAGAAUCGGAAUGCUCUGAUGUGUCCUUGCAGGGUGAUAUAAAUUUUGGAAACCUCCAAGUGGGUCAAAAAGUUGAAGGUACCAUUCGCUCUGUACGAAUGAAUACUAUUCUUGUCAGGUUUACGGAGUCUGAAUUGGAAGGUGGUUACCGUGGACAACCAGUCACUGGAAGAUUGCACAUAUCAGAGAUAGAACAUAAACAUGAACAUGGUGCUUUUUCGAAGAUUACAAAAUACCGCCCUUGGGACAAAUUAAAAUGUAAUGUAAUAGGAUUUCGUGAUGUACGUACACACCGUUAUCUUGCAAUUACUAAUCGAAAUGCUAGGAGAUGUGUUCCUGAGUUAAGUUUACUCGAUUCUCCAGUUGGCAUUGAAUUUGAGGAUUUGAAGAUAGGUCAAUGUAUUACAGCUUUUUCUCAUCAAUAUGUUCCUUCGAAAGAUGAAAUUCAUGUUGAAAUUACUCCUGCUAUAAAAGGAUUUCUACCUACCUUACUGCUUUCUGAUAAUCCAAUGAAAAUAUUGAAAUCUUCUCACAAAUUCAAGAAGCCUGUUGUAUUGCAUUGUAUCGUGCACAAACUGAUGCACAAUACUGUCACGCUCGCUGGAAAAGGUGCUAUGAUUGAUAGAAAAACUCAGAAAGAUGUUACUGAACUGAAUGAAGAUUGCAUCACAAAUGGAAAGAUUUGCAAAAUUUUUCCAAGUAACAUGAUUAUCAAAUUACCUAAAGGUGGUGUUGGAAAAGUACACAUCACACAAUCUGCAGAUGUGUUUGCUACUCGUCCAUUUGAAGACUUCGAAGUUAGCCAGGUUGUUCGCUGUAGUAUUGUGUCAUGUGGAGAUAGGAAAUCACUUGCCCUUUCUUUGAGGAAAUCUAGACUCGCACAGGAGUAUGACCAAAGUAAUAUAAAGGAUAAAGAGAUCUCGGAAGCCAAAGAAAUACAUUCUGGCCAAAUACUUCGUGGUUUUGUAAAAAUCGUCUCAAAUUCUGGAGUUUUCGUUAGUUUGUCCCGGACCAUCACUGGAAGAGUAGACAUGACAAAGAUUUCAAAAUAUUUCAUAAAAGAUACAAGUCUGAUAGAAGAAGUGUUGAAAGAAGGGACUCUUGUUACAUGUAAAGUAAUUGAAGUGUCUAAAAUGGAGGGAAAAGUUAGUUUGUCAUUGUUAGAAGGGGAUACUGGUUUGCCAGAUCUUAUUCCUGAAGCUCUUGGUCUUCCACAAAGACAUGGUAAGCCAAAAGAGCAAAAAAGAAAAGAAGUUGGUCUGUUGGUUGACAAAAUUGAGGGAAGGAAAAGGCGCAAAAAACAAAAAGAAGAAACUGGUGGCACUGAAGAGAAAAGAAAGAAGACUGAUGACAUUGAUUCUGGACUUGAAGAGGAAUCACCAACAUUGGAUACCCCACCUCGUUACCUAAGUAAUGUUUCACAGCAUGAAGAUAGUGUUGAAGACCCAGGUUUUAGUUGGGAGUCAAUAAAUUCUACAUCGGCAAAGGAAACAAGUGAUUCUAUGGAUUCCUCAGAUGAUGACGAUAAUGCGGAAUUGAGUGAUGAAAAAGUUGUCAACAAGAAGAGCAAAAGAGAAAUUGAAGCAGAAAAAGAUCGUGAAGAAGCAGAUCUGCGAACAAAAGAGGAGGAAAUGUUAGAGGACAAUGCUCCACAGACAGCCUUGGAUUGGGACAAGCUUGUACUUGCCAGUCCCCAGAAUUCAAUGCUAUGGGUCAGCUACAUGGCAUUUCAUCUUCGUGCCACUGAAGUUGAAAAGGCAAGAGUAGUUGCUGAAAGAGCAUUAAAAGUGAUUGAUUUUCACGAAGAAAAAGAAAAGUGGAAUGUAUGGGCAGCUCUUCUUAACCUCGAAACUAGAUUUGGUAGCAGUGAAUCACUGACAAAAGUGAUAGAUACUGCGACCCAGCAUAAUGACCCUCUGAAAGUUAAUUUUCAUAUGGUUUCUACCUUUGAAAGGUUGAACAAGUUUGAUAAUGCAGAAGAGUUGUGCUCAAAAAUAGUAAGGAAAUUCAAGCGCAAUAAAUCUGCCUGGAUACUUUAUAUCAGCCAUCUUAUGCAAAGAGGAAAGAGAGAAAAGGCAAAUGAAGUUUUCAAAAGAUGUUUACAGAGUCUUGAAAAGAAUGUUCACCUUGAAAUUAUUUCAAAGUAUGCCCAAUUGGAAUAUAAAUGCGGAGACACUGAACAAGGCAGAGUUCUAUUCGAAAAUGCUCUCAGUAAUUAUCCGAAACGGGCUGAUAUUUGGUCUGUUUAUAUCGAUAUGUUGAUAAAAGUGGACAAGUUGGAAGAUGCAAGAGAAGUGUUUGAGCGUGUUACAACUCUAAAUUUAUCAACUAAAAAUAUGAGAAGUUUUUUCAAACGUAACAUUGAUUUUGAAACCAAAUAUGGGAGUGAUGAAUCUGUAGCUGAAGUAAAACAGAAGGCUCUUGACUAUAUUGAGUCGAAAACAAAUGAUAUGGUGGAAUAAGAAGGAAGGACCAAUAAAACGUACAAUACAUGAUGAAUUUUAAAUAGAAAAUGGAUUAGUAAUUCUGUAUCAUUCAAUCUGCAUAGUCGAACAGUAUCACUGAAUAACCUAUUCUGUUUCUGCUCUCACUACUAUUGCUGCAUUGCCAUUGAUUGUUAUAUUAAUGCGACUGUCUGUCAGUUUAAAUUUGCAAAAUCACUCAUUUGAUCUGUAAUGUGUUAAGUAUGUGUUAAAAUUUUUUUGCCCAAUUAUGGGUUUAAAAUCAAUCAGUUUUCAUGUAUCUGUUCUUUAUCAUGCUAUGUAUCUUUAUUUCAAUCUCAAACUGCCAAUCACGUUUUUUUCUGUUUUCCAGA